CUGAGAGUUCGUGCGAAUUAUGGAUGCAUCAUUCUUUACUCUCAUAUGCACUCAAAAUGCGAGAAGUUCGUGCGUAGACAUGAGCGUCUGGGAGUGAGAAUGUCCAACAAUGCGGUGAGGGCAGGAGGGCUUCGAGGAACUUCUCCCACAGCAAACAGAUAAGCUUCAAUCACGUGCUGUAUAGACGGGUAGUGCGAUUGCCCCUCACACCAAUGACGACGAUGGUGGUGGGUGACAGGCACUGCCGCCAUAAGUAUCAGUACAUGCAACUAUACCGUGAAGAGUUAGUUUCUGUAGGUAUGAGUACCUGCAUAUGCCCUGAACAUCUCCCAACCUCUUAACUACCUAGCUACCCGAAACCUUCAAGGGACUUCUUGGCUGGUGUUAUGUGAAAAGGGUCCACGACCGCACUGAGCUAUCGUUGAUUUACGAACUUCCCUCACUAAGGGCAAGGAGGUAUUUUCUAUCGCCUAGCACCAGCCCGCCGACAACGUAGCUGUACAUACAUCCUCCACGCGCCUGCUUGACCGAAAAUAUAGACUCCAAUGGCCUCCAAACUUCCUCCGCCAGACCAAGAAACAGAAGAUCAACCAACGGUUGAUGAUGCCCCGCCGGCCUAUAAUGAGGCAACGGGAACUCUGGAUCUCAGCAGGGCCGGCGUCAAUGCACAAUCUAAUAUCGCAGAUGACGGGCGUAUCGAUAUACAGAUAAAUGAGACAGACACUCAGCUUGCGCAGCAGAUCCAGCAGCUUAAUAUGACUGCCCAACAGGAGCUGCCCGAUCAUCCAUCGCCAGCAUAUACUCCGUCGUAUUUAAUAGGCACCCUUGGCGCACCUCCACCCCCCCUCAACGUGGUAAUCCAGGUCGUCGGCUCACGAGGAGAUGUCCAACCCUUCGUUGCCCUCGGUCGUGAGUUGAAAAGCAAAUAUGGCCACCGCAUCCGCUUGGCAACUCACGGCACGUUCAAGAAGUUUGUCGAGGAAAACGGCUUGGAGUUCUUUGAAAUUGGUGGCGACCCCACGGAGCUGAUGGCGUUUAUGGUUAAGAAUCCUGGUCUCCUCCCGGGGAUGAAGUCGCUGAAAGACGGUGAAGUGGGAAAGAGGCGGAGGGGCAUUGCUGAGAUCCUCGAGGGAUGUUGGAAAUCGUGUGCCGAUGCCAAAGAAGCGAGCGAAGAAAGCGGUAAUGAGACGAAGGGUGGUGUGAAAGUGGCACCCUUCAUUGCCCAUGCCAUUAUUGCAAACCCGCCGAGUUUUGCGCAUAUCCACUGUGCACAAAAAUUGGGCAUCCCAUUGCAUAUAAUGUUCACAAUGCCGUGGUCGCCAACUCAUAAUUUCCCACACCCAUUAGCCAACAUCAAAUCGACAAAUUGUAACGGAAGCAUGGCAAAUGAAAUGAGCUAUACGCUUGUAGAUAUGAUGACAUGGCAAGGUCUUGGUGAUAUCAUUAAUAAGUUCAGAAGAGAGACUCUAGAGCUUCCGUUCAUUUCGCAGGCAGCAGCGACGACUAUGUUCCAUAGGUUGCGAAUACCUCAUACGUAUUGUUGGUCGCCGGCUCUGAUUCCAAAGCCCAAAGACUGGGGCCCUCAUAUCUCCAUCUCGGGCUUCUACUUCCUCUCAUCCGGAUCCGACUACCAACCCGAUGCCGAGCUGGCUGAUUUCCUCGCCGCCGGUCCCCCACCCGUGUACAUCGGCUUCGGAUCUAUUGUUGUCGACGACCCGAACGCCAUGACCAAGAUGAUCUUUGACACCGUGAAGAAAACGGGCCAGCGCGCCUUAGUUUCCAAAGGCUGGGGCGGCCUCGGCGGUAACGAGCUCGAUAAACCCGACGGCGUUUUCAUGCUCGGCAACGUUCCCCAUGACUGGCUUUUUAAACACGUUUCCUGCGUCGUUCAUCACGGUGGAGCGGGCACCAUGUCAGCAGGUAUCGCGCUUGGGCGGCCUACAGUCAUUGUCCCCUUUUUUGGUGACCAGCCCUUCUGGGGCGCAAUGGUAGCGCGUGCCGGCGCGGGACCGUUGCCGGUGCCGUACAAAUCGCUCACGGCUGAUGGACUGGCGAAUUCGAUACUCGAAGCGCUCAAGCCGGAGACUCUAGAGCGUGCACGAGAGCUCGGCGAACUCAUCCGCGAGGAGGAUGGGUGCAAAUCCGGCGCGGAGAGCUUUCAUGCCCAUUUAAACGUGGAUAACCUGAGAUGUAUGAUGAGUCCACAGCGCCCUGCAGUGUGGCGAGUCAAGACCACGGGUCCAAAGAGGGAGCAUGUGAGGUUGAGCACCUUUGCCGCAACAGUGUUAGGGAACGAGGGGAUUCUCGAUAUGAACGUGAUGAAGCUCUACCGACCGUGCAAGUACAACGUAGAGGAACAGUUUUUACUAUCUAACAUGGAAGGCCCCAACCCGGGCCUCAGCAUGGCCGGUUCUGUCGCACAUUCCCUGAUACAUCUGCCUAUUAACAUCGGCAGAGCAUACGCAGGAGUCGUUACCAAGCCGUAUAACGGCGCAAAGACUGGAGGUUGGCGCGGCUUCCGCAAGGGGCUUGGGAAGGGGUUUGGUGACUUACUGUUUCCUAUGAGAGGCAUAGUUAUAGGCGGAACGACGUAUGGGCUCCGUGGCGCCUAUGAGGCGAUUAGGAGGCGCAUGGGCUCCGAUACGUUGAGCUUCAUCCUUGCGGCGCACUUUGUGGAUGGGUACGAAGAAGUCAAGGCGGCGACGGAAGAGGAGCGCUUGGAGGUUCUGAGGCGCUGGAAUGAACUUGCGCCGGAGUUGAGGAAGGAGAAGACUGGGGGGAGCAGUAAGAGCAAGGGGAAGGGUAAGCAUCAUGAUGGGUCGGGUCCGCCGACCCCUUCAAGUGCAAGUAGCACAGUGUGAGGUGAUGAUAGCGUCUAAGAUACCAACGGCAUGGCAUGAGUGAUGAUAUGAUGGGGUUUAUGGUGGUGGGAGGUGGAUUUUUAGAAUAUAGAUAGGAUGUAGUUAAGGGGCAUGAAUAAACGGAUUGGAUAAAGG